AUGUCAUCGCCCAUGGAUAUCCCUCCUGAUCUAAUAGGUCAGUCAGGCUUAUAUAACUCUGCUGACCCAUUAUUACGUCGUCUACGUCUGGAGGCGUCUUCAGGUAAUUCCAUAAAUAACCUAUCAAAGUAUUUCCACGAGAAAGAGAUACUAGUAUUAUAUGCUGGAUCAGAAUACGGAGAGAAUAAUAUAAGAUCAUUUCAUAGGGACUUGACUACAUUCGCACAGAAACAUAGAUCAGCAUCAGUGAUAUACGUUUCAACGGAUGUACUUCCUCAACAAGCAGAAAGAGUUUUAAAUGGUAAACCCUGGUUGAGAAUGACUUUUUUCGAUAAUUCAGAUUUCGCCCCCGUCGGUGAACCAGAAGAUAAGAAUUGGUCUGUGGGAUUGGAAGAGGUCAAUAGAGGUGAAGAAUUCUUACAAGCUGGAGAAGUGGAAAUGGGUAUCGAGAAAAUCGAAUUUGGUCAAGAAGAGAAUGAAAACGAUUAUGUACGACCAUUAUCAAGAGCAGGAUUAACUAUUCUAAUGAAUGUAUUUACCACUCCUAGUAUAUCAGUCUAUCAUAUACCUACACAUAGCUUCCUAGCUAAAAACGUCAAAAUGUCAUCAUUCGCGCCCGAGAACGUAGAAAAGAAUUAUACGAUCUGGAAAGGUGGUGAGACUACUUCUGUGUCAACAUCAGAUGUAAUAAGUCGGAUGAAAUGGACCUUGAUAUUAUUGGUUUUAGCUAUCUUGUAUCAUUUGGCGAUUAGAUUUGGUGGUGAGCAAUACGACUUGAUACCGAAGAUAAUGAAUGGAAUGAAUUGGCGGAAUACAGUAAAGAGGUGA